AGGUGCCCUUAACGUUCACUUCUUCGACUCCUAUCAUAUCCAGAAAACGCAACGAAAUGUCGACCCCUUGCAGUCAUUUCUUCAAACAUCUUUCCUACACACUCUCAUGUCGUCGUUUUAUCCACCCAUCUCCCUCUCCCUCUCCCCUCACUCUCUUCCUCACAAGCCACAGGGUGAAGGACCCAUCAUCAUGUAUCCCCCGUUCAGUCACUGCAAAGCUUUCAACUUCUUCUUGUACUCCAACAAAAACUGAGUCUUUCACUUCUCCUUACCUCUCCGUCCACAUUCGCUGUCCAAAAGAAUUGGCCGAUAUGCUUUCAGAAGCUCUUUUAUGCUUUGGUGCAAGUUCUACCGCCAUGGAUGAAGAAGACGCCUCCGAGAAUUCUGACAAGAUUACUAUUGAUUCUAUAUUUCCUGAUGGAAAAGAUGUAAAGGUGUGCAUUUCACAUGCUGCUAAGUCUAUAGGCUUGAAAGAGAUUCCUCAUUAUGAUGUUAAAAUGGGUGAGCAAUACGACUGGAUAAAGAAAAGUCAGGAAUCAUUUCAUCCAGUUGAAGUUACUGAAGGAGUUUGGGUUGUGCCAGAGUGGAUAACUCCCCCCGAUGUUCAAGCAACAAACAUAAUUCUGAAUCCUGGAUUAGCAUUUGGGACUGGGGAGCACCCUACUACUAAGAUGUGUCUAUUGCUGCUGCACAGCUUAAUAAAAGGAGGAGAACUUGUCUUGGAUUAUGGUACAGGCUCUGGGGUUCUUGCAAUCGCAGCACUUAAGUUUGGUGCUGCCUUAUCAGUUGGAAUUGAUGUAGAUCCCCAAGCCAUUACAUCUGCAUGCCAGAAUGCUGCCCUAAACAACAUAAGACCUGAGAAAAUGCAAUUACACCUGGUUCCUGGUAAAGCCUGUGCCCCCUCCAUGAACGAAAGGACAUGUGGAGUUGUGGAAGAACAGAAGUCAAAUGGAAUGGGGGUCGUCUGUGGAACAGAGAAGUAUGAUGUGGUCAUUGCAAAUAUACUUUUAAAUCCUCUAUUAGACUUGGCAGAUAAUAUUGUCUCGUAUGCCAAGCAUGGAGCAGUCAUUGGUCUCUCUGGUAUUCUAUCUGAACAGCUUCCAUAUAUUAUAGAGCGAUAUUCACCAUUCUUAGAAGGCAUAUCUGUGUCGGAGAUGGAUGACUGGGCCUGUGUGAGUGGCAGAAAGAAAAGAAAUAUUGCUGACAGCUGAGGAAACUUUCAGCUUGCAAAAGCAUGCCUUGCGUUGAUUAAGAAGUUGAGCAGUUAGCAUCGACCGUUGAUCGUUGUCAUUGCUGUUCGAUGCCAAGCCGAUGGUGUUUGGCAGAUUUCUACAGCCUGGAAGUUGCUACUUUCCAUUUCUUCUUGUAACAUGAACGUCUAAAUACAUGAUGCAAUUUAAUUAACAUUAAAUGAAGUAUAAUCUGUCAUGCA